AUCGAGCUGGACGUCUUGGAUUGGUUUCGCUUUUACACUAAGGCGCAAUCCCCUCUCCCCGCCUGUUCCUUUCCAGAGCAGUAGGGGGCGUGCCAGGGCGACACCCCUUGAUCUGCGCGGACCCUGCUCCUCGAAGCAGUGGAGUUGAGGCAGAAUGGGGAAGCGGGUGGCUGUCGUUCUUGCUGGUUGCGGCGUCUUUGACGGCAGCGAGAUCCACGAGGCUUCGGCAGCCCUGGUUCAUCUCAGCUGGGCUGGAGCAGAGGUAAAGAUAUUUGCGCCAAAUGUUGAGCAGAUGCAUGUUGUAGAUCAUUUGAAAGGCAAUCCAAAUGAAGAAAAGAGAAAUGUUUUAGUUGAGAGUGCCAGGCUUGCACGAGGGAACAUCCAGGAUUUGGCGGAAUUGAAAGUUAGUGAAUUCGAUGCAAUCAUUUUUCCUGGGGGCUUUGGUGUUGCUAAGAACUUGUGUUCCUGGGCUGUGGAGGGGAAGAACUGCACUGUCAAUGGACUGGUGAAGUCCACUCUUGAGGCUUUCCACAGUGCAAAGAAGCCCAUUGGCUUGUGCUGUAUCUCCCCUGUGCUGGCAGCAAAAGUCUUUCCAGGCUGUGAAGUCACUGUUGGCCACAACAAAAAUAUAGAUGGAAGGUUUCCUGAUGCUGAAACAGCAUCUGCUAUAGAAGAGCUUGGGUGCAAGCACAUUUGCAAAGAUGUGAGUGAAGCCCAUGUGGAUUCUACCAACAGAAUAGUCACCACUUGUGCUUUCAUGUGCAAGGCCCCUUUGCAUGAGAUUUUUGAUGGGGUUGGCGUAAUGGUUGCUGAAGUCCUGAAACUUGUGUAAGGAGGAUCACCGUUGACUUGCCGCUUGAUGGCUGCUGGUACAUGGAGGAUUAAAAAAUGUGUAACAAUAAUUGUUGUUGGUUGCUGUAGUAAAUAUGCAACAAUAAGACUGUGUGUGAUAGAAUUAAUAAAAUUAGUCUUCUACUAAGUUCAAGAUCUUAAA